AUGUCUUGGUACAAAUAACUAGGAAACUCAGUAAAAGAAUUAAGAUUCGUCUUCUGUUAGACAUGCGGCAGAUCUGAAGGCGUAAGAAAUCUCGUAUCUAAAAACUAUUGGCAAUGGAAGGAUGCAAAUCCUCAUUUCCCAUUUGUCGUCAGAGAGUGCGAAUCAAUUGACCCCUAUGUACUCAUCAGAUACAAAUAUGGUGUUGAAAAGAAAGCCUUGAUAGGAAAUCUUAAUGAAUCAGAAUUGGAAUAAGUGCUAGGACAAUUGGUUGCUCAAUCCAAUAAAGUGAAUUCAUCUAUCUGAUUUGCAAUGUCAUAAUCAAAUAAAAAUCAAAAUCCAAAAUUAAA